UAUAUAUAUAUAAAUGGGAAGAAAUAGAAGUUGAGUGUAGAUAUAGCAAUAGCAAUGGUGUCAUUGAAGGUACAGAAGCGACUGGCUGCUAGCCUUCUUAACUGUGGAAAGAAUAAAGUAUGGCUCGACCCCUGCGAGGCCAUUCUUAUCUCCAUGGCAAAUUCCAGGAUGGACAUAAGAAAGCUUGUAAAGGAUAACCUUAUUAUAAAAAAGCCUAACAUAAGUCGAUCGGGAUGGAGAUACAAGAAAGGUAAGGAUGUUGGGAAUCCUAGGAGAAAAGGAUAUGGGAAGAGAAAGGGAACAAAGGAAGCAAGGCUACCAUCCAAGCUUUCGUGGAUGAGAAGAGCUCGAGUCCUAAGGCGACUCCUUCGAAAGUACAGGGAAAUGAAGAAGAUUGAUAAGCACCUGUACCAUGAAUUUUAUAUGAAAGCCAAGGGAAGCGUUUUUAAGCAUAAACGUGCACUUCUUGAGGCCCUUCAUAAUAAAGCUAAGAGUGAGAAAGAUCAGAAGGUUCAUUUUGAUCAGGUUAUAGCUAUUAAAGCCAUGGGUAAAUUAGGUAGCAAGGAGACUAGGGUUCCACGGAGGAAACAAUGUUUGAGUCCACCUGUGGAAGUUACUGAUGUGUUGAAUAAUGCUUAUUUAGUUUGAAAGUGUAUGUAUAAAAUAAAGUUGAUGUAAUAAUGCUUAUUACAUUUAUAAGUAGGAUUUCGGAAUUUUGUAUUAGAAACCAACACGAAUCGGUGAAGAACACAAGGUUACAAAAUAAGACGAUAUACAAACCCAAUUCUUGCUAAUUCAAUCAAGUUUUUUUCUUAUUGGUUUAAGCCUUUCCAAAAGGAAAUGAACCAUAAUGUUUUUAAUGCACUAAAGGAUCAUAAUAUGUUAUAAAUUGGGAAAAGAACAAGUAACCUUAGCUUCUAUUUUUGUAGGAUCAAUGAUUACCCCAACCCAUCAGGCUUUUCCAGCAGAACCAAAUAGAUG